UGUUGUUGCAUUUUACGAUUUUCCUAUCUGUUUGUUGAUUGGAACGUAGAGUGAUCUCGAGUGUUGUACUCAUCUUGAGUUGCAUUUUUGAAUGUCUUGAGUUUCCACUUCAGCUGUCUGUGGAUUUUGGUAUCAGAGAGCAAUCAUCUUCAUUUGCAAAUAGUUCUUUGGCAUCAUGUCGAGAGUGAAUUGACCAAAGCAGCAGAGCAUUCACCAAAAAUGGAGCACAAGAAAACAACUAAGCGUCUCCGUUGUAUCGUUAAACUCGGAGGUGCAGCCAUCACGUGUAAAAAUAAAUUGGAGACUAUAGAUGAGGAGAAUCUUAAGGAAGUUUCGUCCCAGAUUCGUCAAGCAUUUGUUCCGGACUCUACUUCUGCAAAUGUUCUUGGAAUGGAUUGGAGUAAAAGGCUGGGACAGUCUGAAGCUCCAAGUUUCGUUAAUGAUUUCAGUGAUCAACCAGUUGUGGAUUCAGAAAGUUUUAUUGUUGUUCAUGGAGCAGGUUCCUUUGGACACUUUCAAGCUAGCAAGUCAGGGGUUCAUAAGGGUGGACUAAGCCGGCCUCUUGUCAAGGCAGGUUUUGUUGCCACAAGAAUUUCAGUCACAUCCCUCAAUCUUGAAAUCGUGAGAGCCCUAGCAAGAGAGGGUAUUCCUUCCAUCGGAAUGUCUCCAUUCUCAUGUGGUUGGUCAACAUGUCAAAGAAAUAUGACGGAGGCUGACAUUUCCAUGGUCAUUAAAGCUAUUGAUGCUGGUUUUAUACCUGUCCUGCAUGGAGAUGCAGUUCUGGAUACAUUACAGGAGUGCACUAUUCUGAGUGGAGACGUGAUAAUACGUCAUUUAGCAGCUGAACUAAAGCCAGAGUUUGUUGUUUUUCUUACGGAUGUUCUUGGUGUAUAUGAUCGUCCACCAGUAGAACCUGGCGCUGUACUUAUCCGGGAAAUAGCUGUACGUGAAGAUGGAAGCUGGUCAGUAGUGAAACCUAUAUUAGAAGAUACAAGCAAGCCCGUUGAAUUCACAGUAGCUGCACAUGACACAACUGGUGGGAUGGUAACAAAAAUAACAGAAGCCGCCAUGAUUGCCAAGCUUGGGAUUGAUGUCUACAUAACUAAGGCAGGAACAGACCAUUCAGUGAAAGCCCUUAGUGGAUUCUUGAAGGGUGGCAUACCUGAUGACUGGCUCGGAACAGCCAUCCGUUACAUGAGCUGAGCUAGAUCAUAGGUUGCUCGUGCUGAAUACGAGGGUUUAAAUCAUUUGAAAAAGACACAUUCCACUAACAGCAAGUUUUCGUUUUAUGACGUGCAGUCCCCUCCCUUGUGGUCUCUCUAUUCAUCCUUUUUCCUGUUCAUUUCUCAGAUUUUCUGAACUGUACUAUUAAUUUGUUGAUUAAUAGUAGUUGUUUUGAUUUAAGGAAGCGAAAUUUUGACUUGAUUAAUUGUGUUGUAAUGUCAUAUUGAUCGAAUUGACACUUCUAUUAAUGCAUCUCAUGUGUUGCCUGAUGGAAA